AUGGAACAAAGAAAAUGCGAGGCACGGAGGAUGACACGGUGGUGGGUCUGUUUAGCGAUUGUUGUGCUUUUGUGGAGCGCGGCCUCAGCGCAGAUAAGAUAUUCCAUCUCUGAGGAAGUCAACGAAGGAACAGCGGUUGGGAAUGUUGCAAAAGAUCUGGGAUUAGAUAAAAGUACACUGAAAGAAAGGAAAUAUCGGAUUGUUUCAAGCAUUGCGGAUACGCUUUUUCAUGUGAAUCAGAAUGAUGGCAUCUUGUAUGUGAGCCGAAAAAUAGACAGAGAGGAAGUAUGCGAACGAAGCAGCACAUGUUUGCUUAAUCUGAAAACCGUUCUGGAGAACCCGCUGGAGGUGCACUAUAUUGGAGUUGAGGUUUUGGAUGUAAAUGAUCAUUCCCCCAGCUUUCCAGAGACAGAGAUAACGUUGGAAAUUUCAGAAUCUGUGUUGAGUGGAACACGCUUACAGCUACAAGCUGCAAGAGAUCCAGACAGUGGUCAUUUUUCCGUGCAACAGUAUAAACUUAGCCCAAACGACCAUUUCCGUUUGGAAGUUAAGGAUAAGGGAGAAGAUGGUAAAAUACCCAUUUUAAUUGUGCAAAAGUCAUUGGAUAGGGAGGCAGCAGGAAGCCAUUCGUUAGUGCUGACUGCAUUGGAUGGAGGGAAACCUCCAAAAUCUGGCGAAAUGACUAUUGAAGUAAAUGUUCUAGAUGUUAAUGAUAACACACCUGUUUUCUCUCAAGAUGUUUAUUCUGUGAUGCUGGAUGAAAAUGCUCCAGUAGGCACAACAGUCAUACAAGUGAAUGCAACUGAUUUGGAUGAGGGACCAAAUGGAGAUGUAGUUUACUCUUUUAGCAACAGUGUAAAUCGUAGGUUAUUUAAACUGUUUGAAAUAAACCCAUCAACAGGUGAGAUAAUUGUGAAAGGUCCAAUAGACUACGAGCUUAAGGAUAAAUACGAAAUUGAAAUACAGGCAUCAGAUAAAGGUCUCGCUCCACUAACAACUGAAAAAAGUGUAGUCAUUAAGAUAGUUGACGUAAAUGAUAAUGCUCCUGAAAUUGAAGUGACAUCAUUUUCAAGAUCAAUUCCUGAAGACUCCAGACCUGGAACUACAGUUGCUCUUAUUAGUGUAAAUGACUUGGACUCUGGUCUCAAUGGAAAAGUUAUUUGCUUUCUGGAUGAUGAUGUCCCUUUUACUUUAUCGCCCUCUUUACAAGACAAAAUGUAUUCAUUAGUGACUAAAAUGCCCCUGGACAAAGAGAUGCAGUCACAAUAUGCCCUAACGAUAAUUGCAAAGGAUUCUGGCCAACCGUCAUUAUCAUCUGAAAACACAAUACAUGUAGUUGUAUCUGAUGUGAAUGACAACAGUCCAGAGUUUUCACUGAGUCCCUACACUUUCUAUGUCACAGAGGGUAACGAUCCAGGACUCUCUGUGUUUUCUGUUAAAGCUUUUGAUCGUGACGAAAACAACAAUGCAGUUAUUUCCUAUCACAUUAUCCGAGAUGGAAAGGAUGAUAAUAAAGUGACCUCGUUUCUCAACAUAAACUCUGAAACUGGAGAUAUUUUGGCACUGAAAAGUUUUGACUUUGAAACUCUGAAAACUUUCCAGUUCCAAGUUGUUGCCACAGAUUCUGGAACUCCGUCACUAAGCAACAAUGUAACAGUGAACGUGUUCAUUCUGGAUCAGAAUGACAACGCUCCAGUCAUCCUGUAUCCAGUCAGCUCCAACGGUUCUGCUGAAGGUGUGGAGGAGAUUCCCCGCAAUGUCAACGCAGGACACUUG